CAGAUAGCUGCCAUGGAAUCGAAACCUCAGAAGAUUCCAGGCAAACAAUCUACAUAUUAUUAUGAAAAUGAAGUCUGCAAACAAGAUUACUUUAUUAAAUCACCACCUCCUCAGCUUUUCACUUCGGUGACCUCCUGGAAAAAGCGGUUUUUUAUUUUGUCAAGGCGUGGGGAAAAGAGACUUAGUCUUUCCUAUUACAAAGACCAUCAUCUCCGAGGUUCCAUUGAAAUCGAUGGAAAUUGCAGCAUAGAAGUUGGCAUAAGUAGCCACGAAAAACUGCUGACUGUACAGAAGAUGUUUAAAUGCCACAUGGAUGAGGUGAUGUCCAUCGGAACCGCUACCAGGGAAUACUUCCUCAUUAGCCAUGAAAGGCAAAAGAUUAAAGACUGGGUCUCCUUCAUUUCAUCAUUUUGCUCGGAUAUAAAAGCAGCACAUCAGAAUACAGAGAAGAUACUCUCAUUGGUUGAUAAAAGACCCUCUUCAGACCCCGACCCUCUCCUUGGUCCUUCCAGCACAUCGGAGGCUGACGGCUUCCCAUCAUCGAGAAAUUAUCUUCCAGACCUGCAUUUAAUGGAAAAAAGUUCUCCAGCACUCAGACGAGCUCAUCUACCACAUGAUUUCUCAUUGGAGACCACUCAAGAUACAGAAGAAGAGAGCCAUUAUAUUAGUCCUCGAAGUCUGCUUUUAGAGUUGGAUAAGAUUAUUGCUUCCAAUGAUUCUGGUGAACCCAUUACACCUGGUAGUCCAGACCAGGUUUCCGAGAAAACUGAGGGUCUUUACAUGUUAAUGGAAUCCUGUUUUUUCAAAGAGACAACCAAUGAAUCUGCUGAUAGCAAAGAGGAAUCCCAGACACUUUCCGAGACCCAGAAUGAGGGGCUUCAUCUGCAAGAACGAGGCUCAGGAAGUGACUCAUGUCUUUCACCUGCCAAAACAGAAGCACAGACUAUGAAUGAUGAAAAGGGGUCGACCUCACUAACUCUUGUGCAAUUAUCUAUAUUAAUCAAUAACAUCAUCCCUGAUGAAAGCCAAGUGGAGACACUGCAUUUGUUCCUUUCUCCUACUGACAUUAUAAAUUAUUUGGCUCUCAUAGAAGCUGCAGGACAGAUUUGUGUGGCUCAGUGGAAAGGCCCUCCACGCCUGGGAUGCUUGUUUUGUCACGGAGAUCACCUUUUGGCCGUGAAUGAUUUGAAGCCCCAUAGCCUGGAGGAGGUCUCCUUGUUUCUCAGCCGGUGCAUCCAGAAAGAGAAAAUAAAACUCACCAUCGGCCGGAUCCCAAAUUCAGAGAAAUUCCACGCUAUAGACUGUAUAUGCCCCUUAAAAUCCCAAGGUGUGGUACCUUUCCAACUGGAUAAGUCUGAACCAGAGAGGAUGCUGAAGAGGAGUCCAGCCAUUAAAAAGGGUCAACAGAAAAAGAACUGAAAAGUAACAUGCUAGGACCCACACCCUGUACUGAGCUCUGCCACUUAUUGCUGUGUGAUAUGAGGCCAGUCAGCACACCUCUCUGAAUUUUCACAUCUUCAUCUUAACAAUGCGGAUAAUUGUGCCCUCUCUGGCUAUUACAUCGGGAAUGUGGAGAGGGCCAAGUGGGAUAAUGACAAUGGGACACCUUGAAAACAUAAGGCCUUAUCUGAGACUUUGUCCCAAACACCACAAACAGAGAUUGGGUAAGUUACUCAUCUAACAUGUGCUGUGUGUUCUGUGAGGUCGUGGUCCACACAAUCCCUUCUUUGUCAGAGAACAUACAUUUGGAAAUAUUCAUUCCGGGAAGGCAAGAUUCCCAAGAGAGAUGUGAUAUCGUAUCAGCCUUCCCAAACACCUCCUGCUGCUUGUCAUGCCCGUAGUCCAGAAUGCUGAGACAGAGCGGCCUCUUGGAUUCAAUAAUUUUCUUGCUUUCUUAAAGACCCAGUAACUAUUUUGGAAGUCGAAGCAGUUUCGGGUCACAUCCAGCAAAGAUCUGUCUGCUCUACAAAUAAUAAGAAAACUGCUUAGCACUUCUAAGUUUGGAAGGUCUUAACUAAUUGAUGCAUUAACUGAUUGAUCCUGGAAGACCAAAAAAAAAAAAAAAA